CACGAGCCAACACUACUCACUUCCGAUUCUGCCUCCAACAGCGGGAACCAAACGGCCGCCGGCAAACAGUGAGCACUUGUGCUCGGUCAGCAGAAGAAUGAGAAGCUAUAACGGCAGAGUUAGUUUCAAGAUCCCCAGAAGGAUGAGCAGCGCAACCGAGCUACCGUGCAACGUGCAAUACGGCGAACAUCACAGUGACCAUUACUCAGCGCUACCCGGCGCCGCAGCGAGCGGCUACAACAGCAGCGACGUGAACUUGCAGCGCUUUGCCAAAGAGUUCGGCUUCCAGCGAGGGCCGUGGAAGCCGAACAGGCCCGAGGGAGUAUGCUGUUGCCCGGCACACGAAGGACACAUGUGCACCACGCUGGCCGCCGCCCUGCCGGGCCUGCUCGGUGGCGCCGGAGGACCGGGCGGAAUCACGAUGAAACCUUACCCGCAGUUUGCCGUCAACAGCGACGGCGCAGCUCUGCCGGCGGCUAUCCCAGCGGCUCCCGUCUACCCGCAUUUCAGCACGAUGGACCCGGUGCACAAGGCGGUGAUCAAGCACGCGUUUGGGGUCCGCCGAGGCGCGGCCAAGGCGAGGAGGAAGCGGCCGGUCGACUGCGGCGUCUGCCGUCUCACGUUCAACUCUGAUGUGAGUGAGGCCUUGCCGCCGUUGCCGCCGUUGCCGCCGUUGCCGUUGACAACCGUUUGCGCAGUCGCAGGCAGAGGCGCACUACCGGGGCGGCCGCCACGCCAAGAAGCUGAAGAUGCAGCGCUGCACAGAGGAUGCCAAAGACGGCAGCUCCUGCGACACAGGGCCCGCCCGCUCCACGGCAGCCGACAGCAACGCAGUUUUGAACUCGCUCUCCCGCUGUGCCCGUCCGUCGCAGGCGAGGCGGAGCGGCCCGAGAAGCGGCUCUACUGUUUGCUCUGCAAAGUGGCCGUCAACUCGCUCACGCAGCUGGAGGCCCACAAUUUGGGCGCCAAGCACAAGAGCGCGUUGGACGCUCGCGGCGCGGCGCACACGUCGGUUCCCGCCGCCCCGCCCGCAAACGAGACCUUCCGCUGCCAGACCUGCGACAUCCACGCCAACUCUGAGACUCAAUUCAAGCAGCACGUGUCUAGCCGGAGGCACAAAGACCGCCUGGCGGGGAAGCCGAGCAAGCCCAGAUUCAACAAAAGUCAACGCGCGGAGGUGACCACGACCUCUGAUUGGUCCUCGCCGCUGCAAAGCUCCUCCGACGCCAACCUGACCCCCCCCUUGGCCCAUCCUGCGCCUGGACCAAUUCGAGCCAACCAGAGCUCCGCCCUCUUCUCGCCCUACUGAAGCGAGCUGUGACCAGGGCAACGGGAUCGACAGACAGACGGGCAGGCAGGCAGGCAGGCACGCACGCACGCACGCACCCACGCCCACGGCUGGCCUCGAACUGGCGACUCGACACGCCUCCGCAACAUGAAGAGAAUAUCCGGGACGGUUCCGACGUCCGAGUGACCCUCCCCUGCUCAACGGGCCAAAGAUGUGCAAGUGGACGGUGGGCCGCGUGGCCCCGUCGUGUUUGUUUCGUGGUCAGAUCCUCGUUCACGUUGUUGCGAUGCUGACAUCAACUCCGCUCCGCGCUGGCGCGGCCUUGAAAGUUUUGUCCAAUCGGCGCACGGGACUCAUUGUGCUGUUCAGAUAUUGUUGUAAUAAAUUUUGUGACCUCGAUUGCAAAAUGCAAAUCUC